AUGGCCAAUCGCUCUGCCUCCCACCAGUCACUGUCUGAUCUUCCUUCCGACCUGCCUCGAUUCCUGCGACAAGAUCGUCCGACCCUCGUCCACAGCUUCAAUUACCUCGAGAAUCUGCAGCGCCAACGCCUGACCGAGCAGUACGAGAAUCCUGAAACAGAGUCGGAAUGGGCGCGUUUGACAGGCGACCACAUCGCAUAUCGCAACCGCUACGUUAAUGUCGAGCCCUUUGCGAACAACCGCAUCAAACUGAAUGUCGCCGAGCAUUUCAACGACUACAUCAAUGCUUCCCCUAUCGCACUAGGCCCUCGCCGCUACAUUGCUACACAGGGCCCCAAGAAUACUUCGACUUCUCAGUUCUAUCGUAUGCUGGCUCAAGAGUCUACCAAUGACUCUGCUACCGUCGUCGUCAUGCUCACUCAGACCCAUGAGGCCGGUCGCGAAAAGUGCUUCAAGUACUUUCCUGACAGCCAAGAUACUCCUCUGGGACUCCUCCCGGACCCUGAUCUUGACGAUGGAUUCGAGGGCACAGUUGAACUUAUAUCGUCCGAAGAAGACCCCACAUGCCGCUGUACUGUCCGCCACUUGCGUCUGCGCUACAGACACUCAUCAGCCCAACAAGAAGAAGAUGGCCAGUGGCACGAAAAGGAAAUCAAGCACUUGCUGUUUGUCGGCUGGCCAGACUUCUCGGUUCCCGAGGGCGAAAAUCGCAAUGCCAUGCUCAACCUCAUCAAAAAGUCUGCCACUUUGAACUCACCAUCCGCCAUAUCCGCUGCCUCAUCCUUCCCCCUGGACUCGUCCUCAGCAUCACCUACGACAAACACACCAAGUCCGCGCAUCGUUCACUGCUCCGCCGGUGUUGGUAGAUCAGGCACUUUCAUUGCCUUGGACUUCCUACUCGCCCACCUGGAACGUGGCAAUCUCGACUCUGUCCCUGAUGAUGUUGAUCCCAUCCUUGACACCGUAAACGCCAUGAGGAAGCAGCGCAUGAUGAUGGUCCAGAGUGAAGCUCAGUUCCUCUUCCUCUACGAUGUUAUGCGCCUCGCCUGGUUAGAACAUCAUCGCUGCGAGGAAGCAGUAUCUUGA